UGCGCGGACCUAUGUACUCCCGCCAUUACGCAUGCGCUAUUUUAUUGUGUGUAAAAUGGUGUGUUCAUCAAUAUUUAUUACGUGCAGAAGAAUGUGUAAAACAUAAAACUGGUAGUAAAAUCAGUGCAGAUAUUGUAUUAAUUAAAAUAUGUAAGUUUAAAUGUGAUAGUUAAUUCGUGAAACAUGGUGUAAGAAACUGCAUAACCAUGAAGAACAAGCCACUUCUAAAGUGACGCUAGUUCAGCGAAGGCAUUUUUAUCCCAUUAUGAAGGAAAUGGUAGGAGGGUGCUGUGUAUGUUCGGAUGAACGAGGGUGGGCUGAGAACCCCCUCGUUUAUUGUGAUGGUCAAGGAUGCACCGUUGCAGUACACCAGGAUUUAAAAGUAAUCAACUCCAUAUAGAGGUCACUUUUGUAGCCAUUCUCUUUGCAGCGUGUUAUGGAAUUGUGACAGUACCAACAGGCCCAUGGUUUUGUCGAAAAUGUGAGAGUCAAGAACGUGCCGCUAGAGUGCGAUGUGAGCUAUGCCCCAGCAAGGAUGGUGCACUCAAAAAAACUGACAAUAGUGCCUGGGCUCAUGUGGUUUGUGCACUGUACAUUCCUGAGGUACGCUUUGGCAAUGUGACGACGAUGGAACCAAUCAUCUUGCAACUCAUCCCUACAGAACGCUUCAGUAAGGCGUGCUAUAUAUGUGAAGAGCAAGGAAAGGGUUCUCGUGCAACGGUUGGUGCAUGUAUGCAGUGUAAUAAGACUGGUUGCAGGCAGCAGUUCCAUGUGACAUGUGCUCAGGCACUUGGCUUGUUAUGCGAAGAGGCUGGUAAUUACCUGGACAAUGUCAAGUACUGCGGCUAUUGCCAGUAUCACUACUCAAAACUUAAGAAAGGUGGCAAUGUGAAGACUAUCCCACCAUAUAAACCAAUUCCAGCAGACAACGGAUUUUCUGACUCCUCUCCAGAGAAGGACCCUGAUAGUAUGGUUAAGGCAGGUGUGAGUGGGAAGCGUAAGGGGACAGGUAAGGCUACUACUACUACUACUACUACUACUACUACCUCUGCAGUCGUGGGAUCAAAGAUUGGAGCGACAGGUGGUAAAAGUGUUGUAGGCGGACACAGCCCAAACCUUGGUGAUGGUUCAUCUACUAAUGCAGGUGGUGACCUGGCUGACAUAAACAAAUCAUCAAACUCUUCGGUAGGUCUCAAGGAUGCUUCAAAUCUUUCAUCCAGUGCCAUUAUGGCAACAUCGGCUGCAAGUAUUGCUACUAGUGGCAACACUAAAUUCACCACUUCUAACUUUGUUGAGACAGUUGUGACUCAGAGUGAAAGUGUGUUUGGUGCAGAUAUACCCACAGUGUCACAAGCAAAUAUGCGUGUUUCAUCAGCUGCUAUCCCAGCUUCUACCAAUUCUAGUACUGGUAGUUCUAACAUAACGGGAAAAAAACGAAAAGCUGGUGGAAGUCGGACGCCAACAACUCCAGAUAAUUCAUCUGAUAUUACCUCUGUGCAGACCCCAGUAUCUAUAGUGAGUGGUACCACAGGCAUGCCAACUGUUGCGGGCAGUGUUAAUGCUGUUGUAGGUAAUGUUUCUGUCAGUUCUGGAGGUAUUGAUAAUCAUAGUGGAGGAAUGCUUGGGGACUCCAAGAAACUAAAGGUAGAGAGUGGAGGUUUUUUUGGGAUGAGUGCUAGUGGCCCCAACCCCAUGCCAUUAUCCACAGUCUCAGAAUCAGUUGUCGUGAGCAACGUAAACUCUAGACCGUUGUCAGGUAAUGUGAUCACAUCAGCUCCUAGUGCUGCAGGGUCAGUGGGCAGUGCAAUUAGUUCUGGAAGUAUAGUGGUGUCAGUACCACUGGCUGCCACAUCCAUCCAGCCUCCCACAUCAGCAGCAUCCACUGUGGUGACAUCAGCUCCAACAUUGUUCCAACAGCUGCAGCAGUCAAGUGUGGUAACUAGCAAUGCAGCAGUUGUGACAGCAGCUAAUGCAUCUGCAGUACAUCAGCAGCAACAACACUUAGAGGACCAACCUGGCAAGAGAGCCCGGACACAGUCAACAGAGAAGCCAGAGAAGGGUCGCAAACAGAAACGUGGCAACAGUGGAACAGUGGUAACAACUACAAUGACUGGACUUACCACCUCUGCUAUCACCAGCACUACUACAGCAGCUGUUGUGACAGGAGCUAGUAUUAAUAACAGUAGUAAGAGAGGAAGUCGUGGGGGCAACGGCAACAACCCCACACCACCCCCAGUGAUGACACACUCUGUACCUAUACAUGUCUCUACCACAACUGCUGUAAUCCCAACCAGCAGCAUUGUGAAGGACUCACCUCCAAGUAGUCCAGGAUCAGAAACAUUGUCAAUUCAUUCAGGUGGGCGUAACAGCAAAACAAAGAGCAGCAAACGGAGUAGCAGUGGCCGAGACAGAGAUGACAAGGAUAUCAAACUGUUUCAGAAUGGUGUGAGUGCCCCACAUAUGCUAGGCAAUCAGCUAAAUCCAUCAUCAACAAUGGCACAAAAAAUGUCAGAUACCCUGUCAGCUGAGAUGGAGGCUCACAGCAUUUUCAAUGACUCCAGCAAUUCCACAACCUCACUAAUUGGACCUCAACUACACAGUCGGGUUAUUGCUUCAGUUCGCAAUGCAAACAGUGCAUCGGGAGCAUCAGCACAUGGCAGCACUGCCGGAACCACCACCAACCCCAUCUGCAAUAAUGCUGCUAGUUCAAGUGUGAUUAAUCCUACCAGUAGUAUUAGCAACCAUGCAGGGAAUAGCACUGGUACAGCAGCUGUGGGAAGCAUUCCUCAGAGUUUGGACCAGUUGCUGGAGAGACAGUGGGAGCAAGGCAGCCAGUUUCUAAUGGAACAGGCUCAGCACUUCGAUAUUGCAUCCCUGCUGUCAUGUCUCCACCAGCUGAGAGCAGAAAACCUACGUCUGGAGGAGCAUGUGAACAGUCUCUUACAGAGGCGGGAUCAUCUCUUGGCUGUUAAUGCUAGGCUUGCAAUCCCUCUCACAACUCAGCCUGCUCCAGUGAAUAAUGUCCACCCAGGGUCUGGUUCGGUGUCACAUCAGCACUCUGACCCCUCUCGAAAUCCUCGCAUCAACAAUACAUAUGUUUCAUCUCAUCCUAUGGAAAAUGGACUGCCGCCAGAUCCCAGUCCACCAUCAGGCUACCCACACCAACACCGCAGCCCAGCUGCCCAGCCAAGUCCAACAGUCAGACAGAGUCCAGCGAGCAGUGGUUACAUGCUGAGUCAGUCACCAUUGAACCCACCUCCAGGCUCUGCUAUUGUGUCACCUGCGUCCUCGACCCCAGGUGUUGUCCGUAGUACUUCGGCAACACCAGACUCACUGAGAGGAGCUGAUGCUAGGAGAUCAAGUCAGCAGCAGUCUGGCUACCCUGUGUACCAAGUAGUCUCAUCCCCAGCUACUGUCUCCUCACAUCAGAAUCCACAGGUUCCUGUAGUCACCACUCAGCAGGUGAUACGAAGGGAUACUGUUAAUGAUCUCCAUCACCAGAUGCCAUCAACGAAACCAAGUUGAACAUAAUGUAAUGAUUUUGUUACUAACCCUGAGCCCCAUAAUAAUUUUGUUGUGUUUGUCAGACUAGAAUUAUGUAUUUGCCUGAAUACAGUGUAUUGAUUUUAACAGAUUAACUUUUUAGAUUUUGUGUAGAAUAAUGGGUGACAUUAAAUUGAUAUGUAUUAAGCAUUAGAUAUACAUAUAAUCAAAAUUAUUGAUGGUUAUUUAAUGGUGGAAGAACUGUACAAAUAUUUCAUUGUGGAAAGAUGGCAGUUAUGUACAGUUUUUCACUUAUUGCGUAGACCUCAUCAGAAGAAUUUUAAAAAAUUUAAAUAUAAAUAUUCCAGGCUGAGAAAUUUACUAUGGUCUUUGCUAGCCCAGAGUAUCUGGAGUCAAAGGAUUAUGUGCAGGUAGCCUUAGUUUGAAGUGUAUAUUACAGUAUAUACAAAAACUGAUUGAUCAUGAGUAGUGUAAUAACCAAAAAAAGAAACAUUGAGUUAAAAUAUACUUGUGCCUUUCAAAAUUCUCAUACUUUAUCCUAAUAAAUACAAUUUUCUGUCCAGAAAAAUAUAUAUUGAUGAACUGUUUUUAUAAUUUUUGCAUCAUUAAAUACAGUAACUGCCCCAUUGGACAUUUCAUAAUUGAUUGAGAAUUUAGCAUGUUUGAUAAGUUUAGAUUAGUGAAACCUCUUAUCAGAAUAGGUAGUAUUGACUGAGAUUUAAUGGGGUACUUUCCAAAUGUUUGCAAAUUCUCUGCUCCUGUUCUACAUUUCCUCAUUGUAAAAUACUCUUAACUCAUCUUGUAAGAAAUAAUUUUUUAAUGCUUUGAAUUUUCAGCAUAUUAAAUUGUAUUCAGGCAAAUACCUCAUCAUCCUUUGUUAUCAUUCACCUGUACAUUCAUAAUAAUGUUGCAUAAUAGGAAAGAAGAUGGAAGAAGAAAAGUGUUGUUGGUAGUACUAGCCUCCUAAUGUGACCUAAUGCAGCAUGCAAAGUACAAACAAAUCUCAUCUCCAUCAUGUUAAACUCGGUCAAUUACACCGUUUUUAAUGUAGCGGUGCCUUUGUUGUGUUUCAAAGAAAUGCAACGUUUUUUGUUAAUGUUCACUUAUUGUAAUAUUAUUUUACCAGUCUAAAAAUAUUUUUGUUUAAAAAAAGAAAAACCUUUAAUCUGUAAUUUAAACUUUGUAAAUAGAUUUUUUAUGUGUAUAGAGUCACAGAUAUUAGAAUGUGCAAGUGACAAAGUAUGUGUAGAUUUGGGGGAAUACUUUUUGAUCUGUAGCUUAGUGUCUCAUUUUCUAUUAUAUUACAUUUGUUUAAGUUUCAUUCUCUUUGUAUUCACUUACUGUUGCCUUUUUGCCAAAGUGACAUAGAUACAGUACUGUAAAUGUUACAAAUUACAGAAUAAUUUUUAUUUAAAGCUUUAGGAUCACUUAGGCACUUCCUGUUAUAUUUUUGCCAAAGUAACAUGAACAGUAUGAGUAUUAUAAGUUACAGAACAAAGUUGUGAACUUUUCUCUGUUAUGUCACAUUAUGUGGGAUGUACUUUGCAAUUUAAUUUAUGUAACAUGUUUGUUUUCUUUUAUUUCCUGAUGGAUUGAUGAAUUAUGUCUUUGUUUCUGGAAAGCUGUUAUCUCAUUUUAGGCUUGGAGUCAUGUAGUCGCAAGAAUUCAGUUUAUGGAAUUUGUAUGAUUUUUUCAAGAAAUUAAUUUUACAUAUUUUUUCAAUAAUAAUGUGUAAAGUGUAUGCAUAUUAGCUUGUACAGCUGUUACUUUACUGCUGUGUUACUUAUUUCUAUGCCUUUAUGGUAAACCAACAACAGUGAAUUGUGUCUGGGAAGUUAGUGGGGGUACUGGCUUGCAACAACUACCACAACUCAGUCCUUUACUUUCCCACAUCAAUGAGAGGUACAGGAAAUCGAGAAUGAGAAAAGGAAUAGAACAGUUACAAAAUAAGUUACAUGAAAUACUCCCAAAUUCUGCUGUAGACAUAAUAUAAGAGAAUGUGAAAAAGUAAUGUUUAAAUCUGUUAGCAUUGUUAGCUCUUUAAAAUUCUGUGGUAAAUUGUAUGUACCACCUGCUUUAACAUUCAUUUUUCCCACAGAGUGAUUUAUGGGUUUCAUUUUAGAAUAAAUAGAAUUUAUUUCCCUAAACAGUAUGAACCAUUUGAUGUUUGUAAUGGAGAUUCAUUGUUUUCUUUGAGGUGGGAACUGAAUUUGUAAAUACUAUUUACACAAGCUUUGGCUUUAGAAGGUUUAUAAACAAUAUUAUCAACAGUAUUAAAUAACUGCAAAAUAAGUUUGUUACAUGCAACAAAUGAUAAUUUUAACAUUGAUGUAGUAAUGCUUGUAAACUACAGUGUUAAUGUAUAUACAAUUGAAACCAUGUUCUUUGGCUUGAAGGCAGCUAGAAUGUGAACUCUGCUUCUCUAGGUGCUGAGGUGUAUGAAAUCUUCAUGCCACCUAACUUGCAAGCUGAUUAGUGGUGUAACUUUUGUUUACCUGAUGGGCUUGUGUAGAUUAAAAUGUAAAGUAUCUUUGUAAAACUUGAAUGUGGAUCAAUACAGCAGUAAUGAAUUUCUACACAUUAUGAUACACCAUACAAGUUGGUUCUUUUUUCAUAUUUCUGUGACAUUCUUAUUAAAUGUCUGUUUUUAGAAGUGUUUGCAACCAUGCAACGCACCUGAUAAAAUUGUUUUGUCUGUCACAACACUUUAAACAACGCAGUAGAAAAAUGUUGGUAUUUGAUAUGGGAGAAUGUUUACAAAAAUAUAUGCCAUUUUAAUUUUAUGUUCGGUUAGACACUUCACAUGAAAGGAUAAAUACGUUUUGAGUUUAUCUCACUGGGACUGCAGACAACAUUUACUGUGGUUUACCACAGACAACUCUGCUAUCAUAGGUGCCAUUUAUGAAGGUCAAGUGUCAAAUUCUGGCCAGACUUAACUCAUUUUAAUGAAACAUUGAUUUUGUUAAGCGUAGUCACACAAGCUGUUUGUUUCUGUUGGAUCUGUUUUGCUUUUUCAUCCCCCUUUUCAGUAGAAUUAAUUUUUCCCAAAAGUGUGCAUGUAGUCAAAGUUGAGUAAACUGUAAGGUUUCUGUUCUUAUAUAGUGCAAGCUGAAAGAAUUGUGUAUAACAAAACAGUACAAAACUUAUCCAGAAUGAACUUCUCUUCUUUCUAAAUCAGACUAUUUUGAUGCUCAGGGCUGUCAGUUUAUAAGGUACAGUUUUUGUUGACUAGUAUUUUAAAAGCAAUAAUUCAUGAAAUUGUAAGCUAAUAGUCUUGGGCCUCACAUCUUACUUCAUCACAGUUGUGGAGAUAUAUCCAUGUAGGCGAGUUAAAAAUGGCUUUGAGAGGAAAAAUCAAUUUACUUUGUGUCUGUUUUUGUCUGAAGAACUUUAUGUUGCUCUGUGACUUCACUUCCCAAGACAAUAUUUCAUCUCGUGAUUUCCUGCCAUUGCUUAUUGUGACUUGGCAUGGGUUUGAAUGUCUCAGAAUGAAUUUAUAUUGAUAAAAAUUGGCUCACAUCAAGUUGUGAGGCAUUUUGUCUGAAUGGGGAAACAAAUUGGUGCAGUUAUCUUGUUUGUAUGAAAAUUCAUGUGAAUUUAAUACUUCUAUCUGGAACUUGUGUAGUCAGAAAUUAUCUUUCUAAUACAAUGUUUCAGGUGGAAUUUGUGUGUGUAUAUGUAUGUAUGUGAAAAUUCCUUGAUGAUUACAGUUACCUGGAACUUUCUGUCAAGCUCAAAACUUUUCUUUGUUGUGUUUUGUAUUGUUGCAUUUUUAUGCCAGUGUUUGUUGUCAGUUGUUUUAUAGGUGGUGCUAGGAUAUUUUGAAAUAAGUGAGAAACAACUUAUCACCAUUUACAUAACUUUUUGUCUGGAAAUGGGUCAAAAUUUGUUAACUUGAGAAAAAAUUAUUUCGUAUAUUUAUAUUUCUGGUUUCACUGCUUGAAGAAAGUAUUAAAAAGUUACUGUCAGGAAAGUUAUUUGCAAGAGCUAGGUGUGAAUUGACAUUCUAAAGAAGAAGUACUGAAUACCACUGAUGAAACUGAAGUUACAGAUAUGAAUUACAUAUAACCAACAGUAUUCCUUGUAUGUGAAAUUGAAUAUAAAAAAAACUCUUGUCAGAGAGAAAGUAGCUUAUUUAGAGUGAAGACUGUCUAUGGCCUAAUGUUACAAUGUUUAAAUUCACAUUUUUGUAAUGUAAGCAUUUGCAAAUGAGAAGUUAUAAUAUGAAGUCUGGAAUAACACUUUCCCUUAAGUCAUAGUUGCCUAAAUUUCUGAGCUUCCAAUUAUAAAAGUCGACAUGUUAUGACUUUGUUUUCGCUCCUUAACUUGUAUCUGUAGCAGAAGAUAUGUGUUAUAUGUAAUAACUGGCAGUGCGUAUACAAUCUGCAUGGUCACAGCGUUACUACUUCUAGACUUUGUUGUAGAAAUUUUUGUGCUUCUUACACAGUCAUGAGACUGUAGUAGGAACACAUAAUUUUAUUAGGAGAAACAGUCAUUCCAUGCCAAAGGCCUCAGGUACAAGAGUAGUGCAGAUGUUUGUGGACUUGUCAUUUUUAACCUUUAACUCUGACAGAGUUAAAAUUUUGGUCUCUGGGGCAUAUAAUUCUUCCACUAUGGUUUUGAUUGUGUGUCCUUUAUGCUAAGGAUCAUUAUCAUUAUUGGAUCAUAGGAGUAGUUGAAUAUACCUUACGUGUUCUCUCUUCAGAAAGUGUUCCUUCACAAUACUGGGUAUGCAGUGGCCAGAGGGUUAACCCCUUCAGCAUUUUAAGAUGGAACAGUUCUGCUGCAUGGAAAAGCACAGUAUGAAUUAUGAAUGGGACAGUUUUGCAUGCUGUAAUAUUAAAUUUUUAUAGCUGUCAAUCAAUAUAUUAAUUUAGUCAUGAAUUUUAAAUCUGAGAAUGUAUUGGAAUAUGGGGAUGAAAUAUGUUGGUGUCCAAAUACAAUAUGCUGAUUAUUGGCUAACAUACAGCCUGCUGACAUUUUUAUUAACAGUGAAGAUGUUAAUGAGAUCGUAAUUGAAGAAUUGGCAGGAAGAACUACUUUGGUGUUAACCAUUAAUCUUUCUGUCGAAUGGUUCAUGAGAUGUAAAUGUAAAAGAAAGGUGUGGUUUUCAUGUGAGAUUAGUAUUGUUGUGGGCCUCCAGCUUUGUCAUGCACUUGAUAUAAGAAGCUAAACACAUCCUGCCUGUCACCAAAUUUCUUGUCAACCAGCCUUUCCGCCCCCACUCAAAACAUAGUUGCUGGACAACACUAUCUUUGAACAGUUUAGCAGUUUCUUUCAAAACAACCUCCAAUCUUGGGUAUUUAUGCAUGGGUGUGCAGGGAUUUCACAUGAAUCACAGUGUACAUAACCUGUAGAUUUUAUAUUAAUAUAUUCAUUUUCUAAAUAGAAGCCAGGUAGGUAACUGCUGUGUUCAAGGUUAAAUAACUACUUAUCAUAUUUUACUCCAACAAUGUAAUUUGCCUUUAUUGUCAUGUGAGAUGUCUUAACAUGUGUUCCAGCUGGCUGUUCAUCACAGUAACUAACCUCCAAACUCAAACCCAAACCCAACCAACCUCAUAAUAUUGGCUGAAGUAUGAGAUGUGUGUUAAAUGCAGCCUUGAAUGUAAAGCAAGUUCAUAUUUUGAAGAAAGCUAUUGUAAGUUUUGUCAAUGUAGUUUGUGAUUUAUAUCUAUGAGAUGCCUUUGUCUUAUUUUAAAAUUCUUUUAAUAAUAUGUGAAAGAAUUUAAUUUUUCUGUUGACUUUGUUUUUUAAUAUCUGAAGAAUAUGUACAUAGUAUAUUUAAUAUUAUUAUUAUUAUUAUUAUUAUACUUUGUUUUAAAUUUUCACAAGAUUUUUUCACAACAUUUUGUUUACUGGAUGUUAUUUUAUUGUCUGCAUUAAUAUCUUGUGUGCCCAUGGAAGGAGACUGGCAGAUUAUGAAGUAUGGAAGUCUUAAGAAGCUAUUUGGUAUGUUAUCUUAAACUCCAAAACAUUAAUGUUUUAUUUCCUGAUCUCAUUUACUGGUAUGAAGAAGGUAUCUGAAUUGUGGUUUAAGAUUUUGAGCAAUGAAAAGUUAUUUGUUGUAAAAAUCUCUGAGAAACAAUGUGUGAUGUGUUUAUUGCCAUGUAACACCCUUUGUCAGUGCUGUAAAGUAGAUGAUGGUGUGAUUCAGGUUAAAGAAUUUGUAUCAGUUCAUUUUAGUUAGUUUCAUGUUUGCAUUGGUGUGUUGAGCAAUGGAUACAGAGUUUAGAAUGUAAUAGCUGCUUAUGCAUUGCCAUAUGAUAGAAACCACUACAUAAAUAAUGCAUGCAUGGAACUUAUGAUGAACUGUUAGGAAUGAGAUAAUUGCAGAGCAAUCUGGCUUUGUCUCUUACUUAAAACUUGCACACAAACUGUGCUUGAUGUAGUAAGUAUGAAUGUACACAUCAUUAUCUGAAGUGGCCAUGGACACCAUCCCAUAUAUUUAAAUUGUGUUUAUUACAGAAUGGCAAUCAUAGAUUUUUAUUCUUUUAGGUCUGACAGUUUCUGUUAUCCAGUAUGCAAGUUUUUGAAACUGUUCAUUCUUGAUAAAUAAUAUUAACUUAUUCAUUGCUUGGUUAUCAGAAAUUUGUUAAACUGAAAUUGUUUUAAAAGUAAUUUGUGUAUACCAUAUGCCUUUAUUAGGUACAGCUACUGAAGGGGCAUGCAGUUUAGCUAAGUUGUAUGGUUGCUGUGAAAGCUGUUUUCUUAAUGUAGUGCCAUGUGAAGUAAUAAAGACACCAGGAGGUACCUUCUUUUUGUCAUGUAUAAAAAGUACAGAAUAGUAGAAAAUAUUACAGUAGUUAGGAUAGGAAUACAGUGCAAAUCCACUAUAACAACUGAUGGUAUGAUCUUGUAUUGGAAAUGUGAGUAAGCAUCCUUCUGUAGGACAAAACAUCAGCUUUACAGGUGUCAUUUCUUGAAAGUCAUAACAUUCUGAUUUCAUGCUAAUGAAAAGUACAUAUCUUUAAUUCAUAAGUAUAGUAAAUUAAAAUUGCACGAAAGUAAAGGGUAAAAUUUUAUAGGUUAUGUUCAAUAAUGGUUUGUUGUGUAUUAUGAACAUCCAUUUGGUUAAUUCUGUGGCACUAACAUUAUAUGGCAUUAAUCUUGAUUCAAGGAGAAUGUUGGUUUAGAUGUUGUUAUGGGUUUCCACUAAAAUGUUGUUAUUCUUGUGCUGUAUAGUGAUUGUUAAUUAUUUAUUCAAUCAGCAUUUUAGUUGAAUUUGAAAGGAACUAUUUUCUGUGGAUUUAUCUCUUCAUACCCAUAGCUGUUUCCCAGUUUUUGUAAAUCUUUUGCUAUUAAUGUGGUAAAAGAAAAUGUCCAAGAUUCUAAUGAGCAGAUCAUGUUACAUUACUUAAUAUGUAUAUGGGUGUUAAUUUGAUUGACUCUUGACUUGAAAUAAUGACACCAAGAUGUGUGUAGUUUUGUCAUUACUUGUAAUCAUUUAAUGUUGCAUCUUAACAGCAUUGAGUUGGAUCAUUCUUCCUGCCUUGCAUAUUAUGUAUAUGCAUUUGUUUUGCUUACCCUUACAUGAAGUCAAAAAUAAAACUUCAUUGUACAGUUUUGUUGCAGUGAGAACUAGAUAUAAACUUAUUCUGUGUUAGGGUUUUCACGUGAAGUAUGAGUAAAAAUUUUUGUCCAUUGCAUUCGACACUUAUACGCAUAUGUUUUGCAGAAAAAUUCCUGCCCUUGCUGGGAAUUAAACACCAGUUGUCAAGCUCAUAGCUAGUCACUAUACUGAUUUUUCUUCUUAUUAUGUUAUUUAUUUCUAUCAUCCCCCCAACCUUUUCCCUUUUGUUUUUAUAUUUCCUCCAGUUACAUACAAGACGAUGCGACAUAGACUACAAGGACAAAAAUGCCUCAGACUGCACAACUGUUCAGACCAUCAACUGAGCUAUCCUGGCUGAUUGUUUGCACUGACUUUUUCAAAUACAGGUAUGUGAACACUCCUAAAACAGACAUUGUGCAUUAUUUUCACUGCAUUGCAUUACCGCUCACAAUAACCAUGAAUGAACUAAAGUGUGAAGGUCACCUAAGGCUUAUUUCCAACAGAUUUGGUUAAGUUCCAUUGCUGUUGGUGACUUUCUACGAGACCAUUAUUUGAUAUUUUUAGGUCCAUAAUAGUACAGUACUCAUCUUUUAGUUGUGAUUAUGGACAUGAUGAAUGAUUCAGCUCUGUAUAAUUCAUGAUUACAUUUUGGAACAACAGAGCCAGUGUACAGUCUUUAAUUGAAUGUAUCUUGAGAUUGUAAUAUAUUUAAAUUUGCUGUAAAAAGUUUUCCUGUAUUUCCACCAAAACAAAUCGGUAGUAGUAAAUGUCUGUAUAUUGGGAGGAUAAAGGAUGUAUACCCGAAAAGGGUUUCAUUUUGUUAUGAAAUUUGUCCAUUUGUUUUCAACUUUGUAAUAUUAAAAUCUUAAUCAUAAAUGUAUUUAUACAGAA